CUCAUCGGGGUUUCUUCUUUCUCACUUUCCCAUCGGAACCGCUUGGUUUUUCUUCUCACUCGAAGGAUCUCGUGUGGGGUUCUCUUCCGUCAAAUCUCCCGAUUAGAAUUCCUUAUCCAAAUCUCAAUUUUACAGGAAAUUUAAUCAUGGGAGAAUUAAUGGUUGAAGUUCGAGCAUCGAGUACCGGUGUAGAUGAGGCGGCGGCGGCGGAAGCGACGGAUGCUUAUGCUCCUCCCCCUCCUCCUCCGCCACCUGCUCAUCCUCGGCGACCGAGGGUUAGGGAAGUGAGCUCUAGAUUUAUGUCACCAGUGGUCUCCUCUUCUUCCUCCAACUCCGGCGAUCAUUUCUUGCCAGUCAAAUCCCCCCUUCAUAAACAUAAUCUGGGUUCAACUCCAAUUCCAAAUCAUGCUGAUCAUCAAGCCAGACCACGGUCUUCCUCUGCUAAUAGGCGGCGUAGGCAACUCGAUAUGGAACCCUUAUCUUGUUCCGACGAGAAUAGAACUACGGAUUCCGAACCACCGGCUCAAAUUCAGAGUUCUGAAACCCCUUUCCCUCUUGAACAGGUUCCCAAUACUCUAAGACGACAACGAUCUACAAAGCUUCUCAAAGAGAAUAUCGGAGGUAGACAAUUCCAUCAUCCCCCACCGCAUCAUUCUUUAUUGAAAAGUGGACAUGGAAAAGGCGGUGGCGCCGCUUUCUCGACGCCCGCAAGGCCUGAUACGCCAAUGUUAUCGGCUAGUUUGGAUCGGACAAUGUCAUCAACAGCGGGGAGAUACAGACUGACGCAGCAAAGGUCUGCCAACAUCGCUUCCUCAGCUGCUGCUAAGCUCUUGCAGUCGAGUGUGAUGUCUUUACCUUCUCAAUCCUCUGAGUCAACCCAAGACGCUAAUUCUACAUCCCAAGAUGGUCGUUGUUCGGUGAAUGCUCUUCCCCAUGACGGCAAUCACAAUCGCCUGAGCUCUUCUAUUCAAUCUCUACCGGAUUUGCGCUCUUCCAUGUCGGAGACAGAUAUGUUGCCGACUGUUUCUGGUAGACUACGGGGGGAGAAAAAUGGUAUUAGAGGUGGUGGUAGCGGUAGUGCCAAUUCAAGUACUGAUUCUCUGAAGUUCUCUUUCCCUAACUCCCGCUAUAUGAGUUCGCCAUUUAAUUCAGCGGCAGAGGGUGGCGAGAAAGGAGGGACUACUGUAUCGAAGACAUUGGCGAACUCAAUGAAGAUGGGGGGCCCCUGUCUGCCUCCAGUCCCGCCAUGUGCGAGUACGAAGUCGGCUAUGGAAUUAAAGAAGGCAAAGAAGGUUUCUAGUCAUCAAGAAGAUGUACAUUCCUUGAAAUUACUUUACAAUCGUUAUAUGCAGUGGAGAUAUGCCAAUGCAAGAGCACAGGUUUCCUUACAAGCACAGCAAAGAGAAACUGAGACAAAAGUUAAUUCUCUCAGGGUAAAGAUGUCAGAGCUAUAUGAUUCUGUGACGAGGAAACGUACAGAACUUGGGAUUUUGCAAAGAACGAAAACUCUAUCUACAAUUCUUGAAGCCCAGGUUCCAUAUUUGGAGCAAUGGUCUGCUCUAGAAGAAGAUUAUUCAAUUUCUGUGGCUGAAUCCAUUCAAGCUUUACUGAAUGCCUCAAUUCAACUUCCACUUGGCGCGAAUGUUAGGGUUGAUGUGAAAGAGCUUCAGGAGGCCCUGAACUCGGCUAUGAAAGUGAUGGAGAUAAUAGUUUCCCAAGUUCAACAUUUAGUACCAAAGGCAGAAAAAGCAGAGAUUCUUAUAUCAGAACUAGCCAGAAUAGCUGGUGGUGAAAGAGCUCUUGUGGAAGAAUGUGGAGAUUUGUUGUCAAGAACAUUUGCAUCACAGGUGGACGAGUGCAGCUUAAGGAGUCAAAUAAUUCAAUUGCAUAGAACAACAUGUGCUACUAAGGAUAAUGUUUUGAUGAGAGAACUAGAAGUGAAUAACUAAUCACCGCACUCCUUUACCUGAGGCCGACAAGGUGUACAUACACAUAAGUUUUCAUUAACAAAAUCGUUUGUUUGUUUUUCCACCUCAAUUUUUGUGUUGUUUACAAGGGUAAAAAAAAGCUGAGAUACACCAGCCAAUUCUUUCAUUCUUUGCAAUUUUCUAUCAGCCUUGUAAUGAUGGAUUUGCUUUUGAUUUGGAGUUCACAUAUAUUGUAACAACAUGGCAACUUUAACUGUUUGUUAGAUCAAAGCGUUGCUAGUAGCAUUGUUGUUGUUCAUAAAUCAAGGGAUAAAUAUGGUAGCUAUAUAUGUCUUUUUGUUUUUUUGGCCAAUAAAUGACAAACUUUUUCGACAGCA